CGUUCAGAGUUAUUGCUUUUUACGUCUGGUGGUUAUUAUAGUCCGAGAGUUUCGAUAAUGAAAAUGUUGUUGUGAUGUGUCACAUUUUAUAAACAUUGUCAGUUUUAUAACAGUGACGCCAAAAUGCACGUUCCAUUACUAAACAUUUGCAUGCAUACACUUUUUUUAUACUUAUUUUUAUCAGUUGCUGUUCUACUUUUUGUGUUCCUAGUUGUCUUGUAUCUUACUACAAAAGAUGCUAUCCCAGUUAUCCUACGUUAUGCCAGUGAAAAAACAUUUAUCGAUCCAAUUCAAGAGAAGAAUUUAAAUUUUCCCUUUAUUAUAAGUGUUGGAACUCUAUCUCUCUCUGUUGUAGUUCCAGCAUAUAAUGAGGAGCAAAGAUUACCGAUUAUGCUGGAUGAAACCUUAGAAUAUUUGGAAAAUAGACAGAAAAAGGAAGGAUCCUUUACAUACGAAAUCAUAAUUGUUGAUGAUGGCAGUAAAGAUGGCACCACUAAAGUGGGACUAGAGUAUGUUAAAAAAUAUGGAACAGAAAAAAUAAGAGUGUUAACAUUUGAAAAGAAUAGGGGAAAAGGUGGAGCUGUGAGAAUGGGAGUAUUUUGCAGUAGAGGCUCUAAAAUAUUAUUUGUUGAUGCUGACGGAGCAACUAAAUUCUCCGAUCUGGACCGUGUAGAGGAAGGGUUGGAUGAAUUACAUGAGGGUAAAAACAAUAUGGCUGUCUCUGUUGGUUCAAGAGCACAUUUAAAGGAUGACGCAGUAGCACAAAGAACAUUUAUAAGGAAUCUAUUGAUGUAUGGUUUUCACUUCAUUGUAUAUUUCUUCUGUGUUAAAGGUGUAGAAGAUACACAGUGUGGAUUUAAAUUGUUUACGAGAAAAGCAGCGCUAACAUUGUUUUCAAGUCUACAUGUGGAGAGAUGGGCGUUUGACGUUGAGCUCCUCUACAUAGCCCAGUGUUUAGGUAUUCCAGUGGCAGAGAAAGCUGUCAACUGGCAAGAAAUAGACGGUUCCAAAAUGGUCCCAAUCUUCAGUUGGUUACAGAUGGGUAAAGAUUUACUGUUGAUUCGAGCAAGGUACAUGAUUGGCGCAUGGCAGUUAUCACGUGGUCAACCCAACGUAAUUGAUGUGUAGAUUUCUUUUAAUCUUGAAUUUUAAGCUCGCAUUUUUUAAUUUUAUUUUUCAAAUUCCCCUGUUGGAAACAUACGUUUUAAUAGAAUUGAUCUGUUCAGUAAGUUGCGAAAUCGGAUAUUCUAGAGAAAUUUUCGGUGUGUUAUUGAUAUCAUUCUGGAAAUCUCUGAAGAGAGUUUUCAAUUUGCUCAAUUUAAAAGCUUUCUGGUGUCGUAGAACCAUCGACGAAAAAAAAAAUAUUUAAAAGUUGUUUUUUAUACAUGUAUUAUGCAAGUUGUAGCUAGUGGUAUUUUUAACAGAAUUCUGUUUGGUUAAAUGCGAAUAACAUAUGUUAAAUUCAAAAACGCUUUCA